UGGCAUGUGCGUUGGAAUAUCUCCACCAUGGUUGUCCAUUGCCUGUGAUUCAUUGUGAUUUGAAGCCUAGUAACGACUUGUUGGAUGAGGACAUGGUUGCCCACCUAAGUGACUUUGGCAUUUCAAAACUGCUUUCUGAAGAUGAGAGUGCUUCGUACACUAAAACUUUAGCAACAUUGGGUUAUAUUGCACCAGAGUAUGGACUGGAGGGAUUGGUGUCAACAAAAUGCGAUGUUUAUAGUUAUGGGAUCACGUUGAUGGAAACAUUUACACGGACAAAGCCUAGUGAUGAAAUGUUUGAUGGAGAUCUUAGCUUGAAGCAAUGGGUGAGCAAUUCACUCCCACAUGCAUUAAUGGAAGUUGUCGAUGCCAACUUAAUAACACCACAGGAUAAUCACUUCAUGAAAAAGUUAGAUUGCGUAGUAUCCAUCAUGAAAGUAGCAAUAGAUUGUUGCGUUGAAUCUCCUGAGGGAAGGAUGGACAUGAAAGAUGUUGUAGCGAGCUUAAAGAUGAUUCAGAUUCAAUAUCUUGCAUGAUAUCGUUCUUAUAAGAAACUU